CCGACUCUCGCGUGCGUCUAGGCACCAUUUUAUAAGAAAUGCGAUUAAGGUGUGGAAAGACCUUAAAAACUCUGCGAAGAUUUCGUGUCGUCGUCUUGUUUGCUGGAUUUCCUCUGGUUCGCUACGAUACAUAAACGCCACUUUAACAGAGAAACUGCACGUCAGACGCAGAUCUACUUCAGUCGGGUUAUACUAAGCUCGUUAGCUAACUUGGUUUCUUCUUUGUCAGGGCCUAAUCUUUGGAUGCAUAACUGAAAGGUGAAAGAUGACACAGUUUCUGCCGCCAAACCUGCUGGCGCUUUUUGCCCCGCGGGACCCGAUACCCUACUUGCCCCAGUUGGAGAAAUUGCCUCACGAGAAACACCAUAACCAGCCUUACUGUGGUAUCGCACCUUUCAUCAAGCACUUCGAGGAUCCUAGAGAUGCCCCUCCUCCAACUAGAGCAGAGACCAGGGAGGAAAGACUGGAAAGAAAGAGGCGGGAGAAGAUUGAGAGGAGACAAGCUGUUUUGGAGACUGAGCUGAAGUUGUGGGAUCCCCACAAUGACCCGAAUGCUCAAGGAGAUGCUUUCAAGACAUUGUUUGUUGCAAGAGUGAACUACGAUACAACAGAGUCUAAACUCCGUCGUGAAUUUGAAGUUUAUGGGCCCAUCAAAAGGAUCUACAUUGUUUACAACAAGAGGACUGGGAAGCCCAGAGGCUAUGCCUUCAUAGAGUAUGAGCAUGAGAGGGACAUGCAUUCGGCCUACAAACAUGCUGAUGGUAAGAAGAUCGAUGGGAGAAGGGUGUUGGUGGAUGUGGAGAGAGGACGCACAGUUAAAGGAUGGCAUCCACGCAGGCUAGGUGGUGGUCUAGGUGGCACAAGGAGGGGUGGUGCUGAUGUGAAUAUCAAGCAUUCAGGCAGAGAUGAUACUUCUCGCUAUGAUGAAAGACCUAUAGGCGGGGACCGCGACCGUGGUGGUGGUGGUGGUGGCGGUGGAGGUGAUCGUCGGGCAGAACGUAGCCGAGAGAGGGACCGUGACAAGGAUCGGGGUGAAAGGAGGAGGUCCAGGUCCAGAGAGAGACGGAGACGCAGCUCACGCUCCCGAGAGAGGGAGAGGGCUGAGCGUGGGGUUGGAGUGGCUGGUCCCGGGGUUGGUGGGCCUGGUGAUGAGGGUGGCAGCAGCAGACGGAGGGAGCGAGAGAAGGGAGGUGGGGGUGACAGCAGGAGCAGGGAAAGAAGCAAAGACAGGGAAAGAAAGAGGAGAAGUAGGAGCAGGGAUAGAAAGAGGGACAGGGAGCGAGGCAAAGGUGGUGGGGAUGAAGUGGGCGAAGGUGGAAUCGGGCUUGGCGAUGGCAUGGUAGAUGGAGAACGAGCAAUGGACGACCCCAAUUCUGCAGACCUAGGCAACCCAGGUCGUGAUGAAGGAAGCAUGGAAGGUGAGGAUAGGGGAAGAGAACGUGGAGAUAGAGACCGGGAGAGGGACAGGGACAGACGGCGUAGUCACAGGGACAAAGACCGGGACCGAGACAGAGAGCGGAGGAGGGGGGAUAGAGACAGGGAUAGAGAGAGGGAGCACAGGAGAGAGAGAGGAGAUAAAGAAAGAGGUGGGGAGAGAAGGGAUGACAGGCAGUUGGGCCCGCCCUCUAUGCUCCCCCCUUCUCUGGUUCAGGAUGGGGCCAGUAAUUUUGAAGACAUGCCUAUGCCAGAGGAAGGUAGUCAAGAUGGAAUGAUGGAUCAGGAGUCGGUCCAGUCUGGGGAGGGAUACAUAUCAAAUGAGAAUGGUUAUAGAAUGGAGCCACGGGGAGAGGAAUACUAACAUGGGUUGUGGAAGUGCUAUCCUGUUUAUAAUGGGGGACCCAUUGAAAUAUUGUGCUUAAAACGUUCAAAUUCCUAACCGCGUAGUUCAACCCUGUGUAAUGUGUCCUUUCAGUAUCCAACAUGGUGUUUGCAGAGCAGUACCAGUAAAGCCAUUAAUGCACGUUUUGAGGAAA